GAUAAACAUAACAAAUUAGAGAACAAUAAAUAAAGAUUGAUUAAGGAAAUAAAAGAAAAGAAGGACGUGGCAGUAUCGGAGCUAGUGCCUGUUAUUGAGAAUUGGAAACAGCUACAAAUAGUACGCACAAGCCCUUCUUCUUCUUCUUCUUCUUCGUCGUCGUCCUCAACAAGCUCUUCUUUCUGACUCAUAACCCAAAUUUCUGAGAAUCAGAGCCUUAUUCAAGAGAACACCAAGAGUUUGGUGGAAGUUGUUGAAAUUCGAAGCCGAUCGCGGACUCGUUUGCUCUUGAUUACGUCGCAAUCCGUACGAUUUUCCGAUCAAACUUAAGAGUGAAGGAGAUAGAUUUGUAGAAAAAGGAAGAGAAUAAGAGUGAGCUUGUGGCCAAAAAAGGGAUGCCUUUGAACUUAGGCAACGAUGGCGAUGGGUCUUCCCGGAUUAUUUUGACUGAGCCUCGCGGAUCUACUGCUGAGGUGCUUCUAUUUGGAGGACAAGUCAUUUCUUGGAAAAAUGAAAGGAGGGAAGAACUGCUUUAUAUGAGCAGCAAGGCUCAAUAUAAGCCACCCAAGGCGAUCAGAGGAGGAAUACCUGUUUGCUUUCCACAGUUUGGAAACUUUGGUGGACUUGAGCGACAUGGAUUUGCCCGGAACAAAUUCUGGUCACAUGAUGAAGAUCCUUCGCCUCUACCUCCUGCUAACAAACAAUCAUCUGUUGAUCUGAUAUUGAAGUCCACAGAAGAUGACUUGAAGACCUGGCCGCAUAGUUUUGAACUCCGUAUUCGCAUUUCUAUUAGCCCUGGGAAGCUUACUUUGAUCCCUCGUGUGAGGAACAUUGACUCAAAGGCAUUCUCCUUUAUGUUUGCACUGCGAAACUACUUAUAUGUAUCUGACAUAAGUGAAGUUCGAGUUGAGGGUUUGGAGACACUGGAUUAUCUAGACAACUUGAUUGGUAAAGAAAGAUUCACUGAGCAAGCAGACGCGAUUACCUUUGACGGGGAGGUCGAUAGAGUGUACUUGAACACACCAACAAAGAUUGCGGUCAUAGAUCAUGAGCGAAAGAGGACCAUCGAGUUGCGAAAGGAAGGCAUGCCCAAUGCAGUUGUGUGGAACCCCUGGGACAAAAAGGCAAAGACCAUAGCUGAUAUGGGAGAUGAAGAUUACAAAACAAUGCUUUGUGUAGAUUCUGGAGUAAUCGAACCUCUGGUAUUGUUAAAGCCUCGUGAAGAGUGGAAAGGCAGACAAGAACUAUCCAUCGUCUCAUCAAGUUACUGCAGCGGACAGCUUGAUCCACGCAAGGUUCUUUACGGAGAUAUCUGAUCCUUUUGGGGGUUUAUCUUACUUAGUAAAAAAACAGUAAUAAGCCAUGAUCUCAUUAUCACUACCACCCAGAAACAACUCUCUAAGAGUCUUGUCUUGAACUUGGAGAUUUUAUCCUUUUGACUUGUGUUUUGAGUGAGUUCUGAUUGUUGUUGUUACACAGAGAGGUCACGGUAAUAUUUUGUAACGUUGACUCUGUGUUUGACCGUCAAACAGUGUAUCGGUUUCUUUGUUCGGAAAUUUAGUAGAAUAUAUCAUCAAUUUAGUAGAAAUUUUGUGAAG